UGCACUUUAGAAUGUGAAGGAGCCGUUCCGUCUGCUAGCACAUUAGACAGAUGUGAGAAAGCUUUACAGGAGCUUUCAGAUGAAUUCGCGGAGCUCAAACCCGACGCAGAACGCAGCGCGUUAAACGCGGAGGAUGUCCAAGAGAAGGCAUCCAACCUGGUCAAACGAUACGGAGGCUUCAUCAAGAGGAUCGACAAGAAUAAAAAGAAGUUUUUCGCCUCACCCUGGAAGGAGAACGCCAUUCUAAAAGGAUUGUUCGCGAAGAAAUACGGAGAAUCGCUCUCGAAACUGGGCGAGCGAGACGUCCCGUCGAUCACGGAAGACGACGAGGGCGAAGAUGUGACUGCGGAAAACGAAACGGGAGUUUACGAUAACGACGUUCCUUUAAACGAAGUCAAACGCUACGGCGGGUUUCUCCGCAAAUUCGGGCCAAAAAGAAGCAACUUUGUGGAUAACACCAGCCCGCAGGUGUUGCAGAAG